UUUUUUUUUUGAAACUUAUUCAAAGUUAAAAUUGUGAGAAAAUAAACAUAUUUUUCAAUUUUCAUUUCUCAAAUGAAAAUAUAGAAAAAUACAUAUUUCCUUUAAAAUGUAUAUUUUUGAAUGUAUGUAUUUCAUUCAAGUGAUAUUGUUUUCCAACUUUGAACUUCUAUUAUACAUCUCGACAUUUACAAUGAUGUUAAUAAGGGUUCAUCAUCAAAUUCUAGCAUGCUACAAAAUUGUUUUCUCUGCCAACUCAAUGCGUAUACGCAGUCGAAAAUACAUAUGUAUGUAAAAGUGUAUGUUCACUUAGUUACACUCUCAACUUUUAUUACCAUAUAUGGUAAUAAUUUCGUUUUUUUUAUGACCCUUAUUGCAAAUAUUUUUGUCUUUUUUUCGCAGCAGAUCAUUCAAUGAUAUUGCAUUUACUUUAUUCUCAUCAAAAGUCAAAACCUGUCUUUACUACGCACUUUUUAUUACGCAAAUAAUAUGCAAAUCAGAUCAAGAUCAGUAUCAAAGAUAAAGUGAUUGAGUCAACAAGCGACCAAACAAUGAAAUUAACAAACGUUUAAAAAGUUCAAUUAAUAUAUUGAAACACCAAUUAAUUAGUAUAAAUUUUAUAAAAAAAUUGUGCAAUUCUCCUUUUGAAAAAAAAUAAAGAAAGUGUUAAUAAAAUCUAUUUUCAAUAUAAUAUCAAUUUCCUACAUUUAAACAUCUUUGUCCAUGGUAAAGUCUCGAUUAGGACAAGGUUCUCAAAUCAAAAUCAUCAUUUUAUAUGAAGCUAAUAUCACCACCACCACAAUAAUUUUAUUCGAAAUCCUUGAAUAUUUGUGGAAAACUCCAGAAGGGCCAUUUACGGACUUAAGAAGUAUUCCACCUGAACACGUGGGGAAAUUUUUUUUAAGUGUGGAAACCUCACCCAGACUUAAAAAGCAAACCUAAACCAAACAACAACAACAAAAUCACCAUUAUCGUCUUCUUUUGCUGGGCCCUUCAAUCGAGAGAACGUUAAAAUGGAACAUCAGAAAAUUGAGUUAUAAUGGUUUGCUAUUGUGGGUGCACAGUGGUGAGGGAGUAGAUAAAUUGUAAUUGUAAAAAAAGUAUAAUUAUAGAAACUUUAUGAACAUCAUAAUUCAAAUCAAAAUCAAGCAGAACUAUUUACUUAAUAUACAAAACUAUUCACUACUACUAAAUACUGUUUAAUGCUAUUAUUAAUAUAAAAUUAAAAAAACAAAUAACAUUAUAUCCACUGUACACUGGGUAAAUCACACGAUCGCUAAUGCCGGCCGCAAGUAUUUAUAGAAUUCAUAAGUUUCUUCACAUAUUCAAUGCAGGGUGGCAUGCAGUCAGAGAAACGAUCUGUUUUUUUUCCGAGAUCACAUAAAGAGCGAGUAAAUGUGUGAUUUUUUAUCUUUAAAUAAAUAAUACCGAUUGAAACUCACAAUAUGAUUCAUUUGUUAAGAGCGGUUUAUAUGUAUGAUUGCCUUAAACAAAUAAUAUAUUGAAAGUUAUUUAGUCGUGUGUUAAACAUAAAUAAAUACGGUGCCUUCAAUUUUAUUUUCAAUUUGCAAAUAAAAAAGAUAUUUAGUUAAAAUGGGAUCUUUAUUUCAAACGACUUUAGUGCAACAUUUAGAAUUUGGUCAAAAUUUGGUAAUAAAAGCAAAGGCCGAAGAAGACGCAACAUGGUUUAAUAUCAGUCUAACAACCGGAAAAAUGGAAAAUAUUCCUCAUAUCGACAUAGGUCUACAUAUGCUUGUUUCGGUUACCGAAGGUGUCAUCGUCUUUAAACAAUGCGUAAAGGACAAUUGGAAAUACUUAAAGUUAAUCGAAUACGAUACUUCAAAUUUCUUAACUGUCUUCACCAUAAACAUAAUAAUGGAUGAGCAAAAUUAUCAUAUUGGAGUCAAUAAUGAACCUUGCAUUUAUGUUAAAUAUGGAAUAUUACCAAAACGUUUAAAUACUUUAAAAAUAAAUGGUCAUUUAGAGAAAGUUCUACAAGUUGAUCAUAGACAACAUUUUCCAUACUUAUGGCCACCCAUACAGUUACCGGAAACCUUUGUAGACUUUAGUAAUGAACUACCAAUACCAUUUAGAUGUAAUCAGGUAAUGGUAUUGAAAGUAAAAUUAUCGGGCAAUAGUAAAGGACGUUUGGUAAUACAAUUUCGUAAUGUAUGGGAAGUGUGCCGUGAGGAGUUACAUAUGAGCAUACGAUUUGGCGCAAAACGUAUAGUUUGGAAUUCGAAAUUGCCUAAAGAAAAUUCUGAAGAUUUGGAAUAUGGUAAAGAGGAAUAUGAUAAUUGCUUUCCUUUUGAAGUUUUCUCUAAACCUUUUAAACUUGCUAUUGCAUUUACUGAGAAGUCUUUUAAAAUUGCCAAAAAUGGUGCUCAUAUAUAUGAGUAUGCCUACAGAACCCCUGAUGUUUUAAAGGAUCUUAUGGGCGUGAAAAUGUUUGGUACCGAUGGUGUUAACAUCCGUGUUUGUAGUGUAGAUCAUAUAUUUCUAAAUGAAACUCAAUGUCUAGAUUAUGCUACAUAUUCUAUUAUGAAAUAUACUUGAUUUAAGUAAUAUUA